CUGUCAAAUUGACGUAUAAAUUGCCAUUUGACCGCAGAUCCCAGUAUCUUUUAUUUUUUCCCCACGUGAACCGUAAUUGUUGUGAAAUACCUUGUAAUUACAAAUAGAAUUUGUAUAAAUCACAAUAUGGCAGUCCGAGUACAAUUUGAAAACAAUAAUGAAGUGGGGGUGUUCAGUAAAUUAACAAAUUCUUAUUGCCUCGUUGCUAUCGGAGGAUCGGAGAAUUUCUACAGCGUGUUUGAGGCUGAAUUGGCAGAGACGAUCCCAGUGGUACACGCAAGCGUGGCCGGCUGCAGGAUCAUCGGCAGGAUGACAGUGGGAAACAAAAACGGGCUUAUUGUGCCAUCAUCAACAACAGACACAGAAUUGCAACACAUUAGAAAUAGUCUGCCGGACACAGUCAAGGUACAGCGUGUGGAGGAGCGACUCAGUGCUCUCGGUAACGUUAUCGCCUGCAACGACUAUGUAGCGCUUGUGCAUCCCGAUUUAGAUCGCGAUACAGAAGAAAUUUUAGCAGACACAUUAGACGUAGAAGUGUUCAGGCAGACGGUAGCUGGAAACGUGUUGGUCGGGUCGUACGCCGCACUCAGUAAUCGCGGUGGCUUGGUGCACCCUAAAACAACGAUCCAAGACCAAGACGAGCUCUCCUCACUGCUACAGGUGCCACUGGUAGCAGGGACUGUGAACAGAGGCAGUGAUGUCAUUGCUGCAGGAAUGGUAGUCAAUGAUUGGUGCGCAUUUUGUGGCCUGGAUACCACAUCAACAGAAAUCUCAGUAAUAGAAAGUGUAUUCAAGCUGAAUGAUGCUAAGCCAACAGCAAUCACCUCCACAAUGCGAGCAUCCCUUAUUGACAGCAUGUCAUAAUGACAGCCCUGUGGGGGAGCGGACUGUUUGUGAUGUGGUUCAUUGUGUUAGGUUCUGCACACACACAUGCACAGAAAACUUAAGAAAAUUGAAUAACUGUGGAUCAGAAUUCAUAACAAACCAAUGUGUUUUGACUAUUGUCCAUGUUUUUAUGUAAAGAAGUUAAUAAAUUGUGAUUAUUAUGAUUAUGUUUUGAUUUACUAACACAGACCAAUUAUAAUGCUCCACUUUUGGUAUAUGCCUGUUCUGUUUCAACAUCAACUUGUAAGAGUAAAUAAGCUUACUUAUAGUACAUACACAGGUGCCUGGUUAUUUACCAAAGCAAUAAGAUGAUAUUGAUAGAUAUUAUUCUAUGUAGCUGUAAGGGAUAUGCACAAUAAGAAAAAACUGACCACUUAUAAUACAUUUUAUUUAUAAACAUUUUUUAGAUACAAUCCAUCCUAUCUACAGUUGCCACAUGCGUUACUCUGGAAGUUCAAACACCGCCAAUACCAAUAUUGACUAAAACAAUUAUGCAAUGCAAUUUACUAAUGUUAAACAUAAGUUUACAUAAUUUCCUAGUUUCCAACCAAUCUAAUGUGUUGUGUUGAGCAGCCAGAGAGGAUACCACUCAUUCAUUGAUUAUCCUUAUCCUGUAAACUGAAUUGUUAAAUAGACGUAAGGAAUGCAGUUUUAAUUCUUUAGCAAUAAAACAUUUUCUUGUA